AUGCGCAAUCUCUGGGCCUCCCUGAGCCUUGGGCUUGCAUCUACAUAUGCCUCUGGGAAGGAUACCAAGCCCAGCGUUCAGAACUCGAACCACAUCUUCAAUGCUAUACACAGCUCUAUGCGACAAUGGGGCUCGUCACUGAUCCACAACGGCAUGUCGCUCUUUCUGGCCACUGUACCAAAGGGUGUUGAGCUCUAUCAUGGUACCAGCGAACCCGCGCGCAUCAAUGGCACUGAAUGGCUUGCGUUCGAGCCGGAGCAUGCUCUCGUCUUUGCGCGAUCUCAUCGAGGACCACCACCCGGACGAGGUGGACCACCUGAGCCGGAACGCCAUCCGCACGACGACGAAGCCUGGCAUCCUCCCGAGCGAUUCGAUGAGAGGUCCAGAUACAUGCCAUGGCACGGCGACUCAGCCUGUGAUGAUCUCGAGCCAAGGCAUCCACGUCACGAUGAUCGUCCGCUCACCCACACUGCAGGUCAACGAGCGCGUGCGCGAAUGCAACAUGAGCAACAACGUCUCUUUAUCGAAGAGAACAGCCCCGAAGACCAGUCUUAUGGAUACCUCCACACGUACCAACCCAAAAAAGACCUUCGCCUUCUGUAUAUCGACGGUCAAUCGGCUGCAAAGUCAGACAAGGGCACACUCGACAUGCAAGAUAUUGUUCUCUUGCACGAUAACCCUCCACCCAAAGGCGCUGAUGAUCAUCCACCUUUACGCGAGCCAUCCAAAGAUGGCCAUAGACGUCCGGGAGGGCCAAUGGGUGAGGUCUAUCGUGCUGAGAAGCUGUGCGAGCUCGCUCAGACAGAAUGGCAAGGCCAAAUUGACGGCUUCUUGAGAAUGGAGCUCGGUUUUGAGAUCAUUCUGUGUUCGUUCGAGCGGGACCUCGAUGUCAAACGGAUAACUCGGGCCACAUCUCAAGAUAUGGGUGGUUCAUCAGGCCCUGGCGGCAAUGGAAACGGGCUGAACUACUACCAAGCGGUAGCUUCAAGGUUCGAUGGCAUCGGUGGGCAUCGGGUCACAUUGAGCUACGACAACUUCAUCAGCCUCUUUGCUGCCGAAGGUGCAAUGACGUUCAAUGAGAAGAAACUGCCGCGUGCUCGCAACGACUCUAACAUUAUCCGCACAUUCCUCACGGCCACGAAAGAGAUGAUUCUCCAACCGCCGACAACUGAUCCCAAGGACUGGCAAGCCGUAGCCGACAUGGUUGUUACGAAAUAUGCCGACCGCAUCCAGUAUCUGGCCUCAGGUGAUGUCGACAACCUCAAAUCGUUCAAAGCUGAGCUGAGGCAGCUCCUUCGACCUUUCAUCGAUUACGGAAAUCGCAACACCACCUUGGAGAUACAUCGCUGUGCAACGCAGUAUGUACCCGAGUUGUCCUCGUCAUCUGGUGUGGCCGCUGUAUCGGUGCUCAAUGUUGCGACAACGAUAUGCUCAACAUUGUCAAACGCAGCCGAAGCAUCCACACACAAGGAGGCGCUGGACCGCACGCAAAGCUUGAAAUCGUGGCUUGCAUGGCCAAUCUGGAAGAGGUGCCGGGGAUGCGGCUACAACGAAGUCUGUUUCGUUCCAAUUUGGCCAAUGGGCGGUGAGCAGGAGCACGAACAUCCGAGAUGUGUCUCCAACAUGUCGGAGAUUUCACGAGGCUACUGGGGAGAUAGGGGACCGGGCCCUCAUCACAGGAGCAAGUCCUCAAACAAGAAUGACUUGCGGUAG